AGGGAGGGCUCGGCUCGGCGCUGCUGCGGAAUGGAAGACUGCCGCUUGCCUGCCCUUCUCUCUCGUCUCGGCUCAAAGUGGCAUGGUUUGAGAGUCUUACCCGGCUCUCUUCACCUAAACAGUCUUCAGGACCCUAAAGAAGCAGAGGGAAGGACUAAGAAGAACGGCUGAGCAAUGGUGAAUAGAUUCAUCCCCAGGCACCCAAUCCAUUAUCCUGUCAACAACAGCAGGUCCCUGCCACAGUUAGCAGCAACACUGGCCGUAAUGAAAUCAUCAGUAAUCCCAAAACUCAUCUCAUCAUACCCAAGGUGCAAGUGCUUAUCUUUUCUCGGACUGUAUGAUACCAUGACAAAACAGUUAAACAACAGGCUGUGGACAUCAGUGGAAGACACAGGCUGUAUAGUCUUCAACAGCCUAGUACAUUUGCCUGCAGUGAUUUACAGGUCUUAUACCACCAUGAUGGCACAGUUACUGGUCCACCCCACUUCUAUAUUUAAAUGCAUUGAGCUCAACAAAACAGGGACACUGAGCCCCCCUCUUACCGGGAUCAUCUGUCUGCCUGGUGGACAAGCUGCGUCCUGCCCACUGCACCCAAUUCACAUAGAAAUUUACUCAAAUACGACAGAGAGUUUCAGGAGGAAGGAUUGCUGGAAGAGAUCAGCGGGACCCACUGAGUGGGCAGAGAAAAAUAGCCAGGCCAGUGAAGAUGGAUGGGUGACAGUCCCAUCGGUCCCAGCGAUUCAGCACUCAAUCACCACGGAGACAAGCAGUGAAACCGGGAACGCUGAAUGCCCACAACCUGAGGGGGGAAAAUUAUAAAAAAGAGAGUAGAUAAGUUUUAGAAGUGUAAAUCAAACUGUUGUCACUUUCCAUGAA